UUUUUAGUUCCCAGAAUCACAACCGGAGAGUAAGGAUAACAGCGUGAGUCACAUCAGAAUUAUACUGUAAGAAGGAGCUCGUACAUGAUUGCCGGGGAAGCUAUUAAAAUUUGGGUGUACCUGAGACACAGCAAUGAAAAUGGAUUUGAAUUCAAUAAUAGAAAAAAUGGAAACUGGAGACCAAGAUGCCGCAUUGACGGCUCUGCAGGCUUACAAUAAAGAGAAAAGCCAAUGCUUCACAUUUAACUCCCAGGAACAAGAAGAGAGAGAGCGACUCGGAGAGCUGGUGCUAGGCUUCCUUGAGAGGGACCUGCAGCCGUCAUGCCAGCUGGCUUGCCUGGAGACCAUCCGCAUCCUGUCCCGGGACAAGGGCAGCCUGGCGCCCUUCGCCACGCGCGAUGCCAUCCAGACGCUGAGCCGGCACGCCGCCAUCGCCCACGGCGAGGGCCCCACGCCCGAGAUCCCCGACCUGGACGUGAUCGUGGAGGCGCUCAAGUGCCUGUGCAAUAUCGUGUUCAACAGCAAGGCAGCGCAGGAGCUGGGGGCGGAGCUGCGGCUGAUGGCGGGCCUGGCCGAGCGGCUCAAGCAGUGCCACGAGCGGCAGUGGAGCCAUGAGGUGCGCUUCUUUGAUCUGCGCCUCACCUUUCUCUUCACCGCGCUGCGGGUGGACAUGCGCACUCAGCUCGCCCAGGAGCUGCGGGGGGUCAGUAUUCUCACCAGUGCCCUGGAUGCCACGCUGGGCCUACGCUGGCUAAACACCUUCGAGGUGGCCCGGGCUGAUGCCGAGGAUGGUGCCACUCUGCCACCCCUUGGCCGUGAGGAAACUGAGCGUGCCAUGGAGAUCCUCAAGAUCCUCUUCAACGUCACCUAUGACACAAACCGCCGAAAGGUGGAUGAGGAGGAGGCUGCCACGUACAGACACCUUGGAGCGAUUCUGAGGCACUGUCUGAUGAGCACAGCUGAUGGAGAGGACCGUACAGAAGAAUUCCACAGCCACACAGUGAACCUGCUGGGGAACCUGCCAUUGCCAUGUCUGGAUGUGCUGCUUAUGCCCAAGGUCCAGCAGGGCUCCACAGAGUAUAUUGGCGUCAACAUGGAUGCUGUGAACAUGCUGUUGGAAUUCAUGGAGAGGAGGCUAGACAGGGGAAACAAGCUGAAAGAGACCCUCUUGCCCUCCCUGAACCUCCUGACAGAGAGUGCCCGAAUCCACAGGGAAACCAGGAAAUUCCUGAGGAUGAAGGUCCUGCCCCCGCUGCGUGAUGUGAAGAACCGGCCGGAGGUGGGGAAUGCCCUGCGGAACAAGUUGGUGCGUCUGAUGACCCACAUAGACACCGACGUCAAGCACUGUGCUGCUGAGUUCCUCUUCGUGCUGUGCAAGGAGAGCGUGUCCCGCUUCAUCAAGUACACGGGCUAUGGCAAUGCGGCGGGGCUGCUGGCUGCUCGAGGCCUGAUGCGAGGCGGCCGUGACCCCGGCCUCUACUCAGAGGAUGACGACAGCGACACGGAAGAGUACAGGGAGGCCAAGCCUCACAUUAACCCUGUGACAGGGCGUGUGGAGGAUGAGCAGCCCAACCCCAUGGAGGGCAUGACUGAGGAGCAGAAGGAGUAUGAGGCCAUGAAGCUGGUCAACAUGUUUGACAAGCUCUCCAGGGACCAUGUGAUCCAGCCGAUGAAACUGGGGGCUGAUGGGAAGAUGACCUCAUUGGAGACAGCUGACUUAGAGAGACUGGCACAGCAGGGGCAACAGGAGCCUGACAACGAUGAUGAGAUUGCCUGAGAAUGACUCCGGGAGUCUUGUCCAGCAUAGUAACUACCUGUAUAGAUAUAGGUUUGAAAAAAGAGCGAAAGACAGAAACCACCACAAAAGACUUUCUGUAUCUGUAUCUAUCUAUUUGGUUUCAGUUGAAUGAUUUGGUUCCUGUUUGUUGAACAACUGGAGAUUGUGAAUGCUUUUCACACAAACAGAAUUAAUGAAAAAGAAAAAAAAUCAUCUCUUAUGUUGACAUUUCCCUGUGAAAAUGAUCAAGUUCCAUGAAUCCAGGGACAGCAGGUAAGUCGAUGGCCAGAUAAUUGGUACGUUUGAAUUUUUUUGACAGAAAUUACGUCCGCCUCUUUCAUUCUCUGACAGGUGGUGAGUGUUUUUAAUCCUUCCAGAGAUGAUCCUCUUGUUCAAUCCUCGCCCUGAGAUACACAAUUGAGUUUUACACAGCAUAUGUAAUGUAAACUAGCUUCCAUUUUCCUGUUGCAAGUCUAAACGGUUUAUCCUUUGAUCAAACUUUCUCUUGUGUCCGGCUAUGAUCUCUAAAUCAGCUAUUAGUGGAGUAAGAGGGAAAAAAUGUUUCUGUUUUGCAUGCUUCUGUCAAUGAAACCUCAUUUCAUAGUUACAUUCUGGUCUUUUUGCAAAACUGGAUGAACAUGUUUAGACAAGCACCCUUCCUUUGGUCUGAAUAUGGAUUUAUAUACCUAUAUAUGUUGUUUCCUGAAAUGUUUUUAAAG